AUGCCAUACCAGCAGCCUGUGGCAGUUCACUGUCAAUCUUUCCCAAAGCCUGGGGAACUGUAUGUAUAUCUGAGUUCUGCUGUAUCUAGGCGGGGAUUAGACCCAUUCCCUAUUCACCACCAGUCUUUUGAGGAAAUAUUACCCAGCCUCACGCAGUGUCUCCAAAAGCAGGCGCUGUCUCAUCACAAACGACAUGGAAAUUCUGCACCACUUUCUGUUCGCUCCACUGAACAAUCUAUGCUACAAAGUCGCCCUGCUUCAAUGAACCCAGAUUCCUCUCAGCAUCCAUCCCCUCAAUUUUGUGGUCCAAAUAACACCCCAAUACAAUCCCAAACUCUGGCUUCCCCGGGUUUCCAUGUCUGCAACCUAUCAUUGACAAUGACAUCCUGCUCUCUGUCCCCUCGAGUGAUUACUGAUAAUCUUGCCUCUGGAGCCCAGGAAUCACCAAAAUCACGCCUUCCAGUUGUACCCAUUGAACAUCAACUCAUUCCUGAUGCAGGGUUGUCCACCUCAACUGACAAUUCAACUUUCAAUCACCCUCAGAGCACUGCCUCUCAGUACAGUGCCUGUCGCAUUGAGCAUAAAAUUUGUGGACUUGAUCAAGUCAUGCAUUGGUAUGAUUCCCGCAGCUGUGAACCUCUGCUUGCUCCCCCGCCUUGUGAGUCGCUUGAGUGCGGGGACCUCUACAUCCAUCAGUCACUUUCUACACCGACUACACAUCAGAUGUGGAUAUGGAGUGCUCAGCAGGCCUGGGAGGAUGCUCAAGAAAACCAAGUUCAUCCUCUUCUUCCAAUGCAUCGCCUCUGGUUCAGUGCAACUGGAGAACCUCGCUGGGUUACUCAAAAGACAAUAAGCAUGUACAAGGGACACCUGAAGGUUUCAGGGAAAUUAAAGUUGAAUCAGUCAGGGCAAAGUCUGAAACUAUUUGUUCCUGUGUUAGUGUCGAAGACCCUACGUGCGAUCAAUGUGUAG